AUGUCAGCAUUUGUGCCGACGAACGUGAUCAUAGCGACUGGACUUCUGCUCCCGAAUCCAUCCUUAGCGUCGAUAGUCGGAUGGCAAUGGGCAAACCAGACCUUAAACGUGUGUGUGAACUAUUCGAAUGCGAACAAGUCGACAGCGAUGAGUACUAGCGAGGUAGCGAAGGCGUAUAUGAGUGCCACAGUAACUUCGGUCGGCCUAGCAGUCGGCCUCAACCGGCUCAUACCCCGACUCACCAGUCGUGUCGGCCGUGAGACCGGCCUCCUCCUCGCCCGCUUCGUCCCGUUCGUCGCCGUCGCCUCCGCUGGUUGCGUCAACGUCGGCCUCAUGCGUUGGAAAGAGCUCCGUGAUGGCAUCGACGUCUAUCCACCCGGAGCCAGUGACCCUGAACAAGCCCUCGGAAAAUCACAGAUCGCAGGCGCUUAUGCUGUUGGCCAGACUGCCACCUCACGCGUUCUCACAAACAUUCCUACACUCAUCCUUCCUCCACUCAUCAUCACCGCCUUACAAAAAAGAGGCACUUUCUCCGGGCCCAGGGGCAAGUCGCUUGAGAUGAUUGCCAACCUCGGUUUGAUUGGCGGCUCCCUCUUCUUCUUCCUCCCUCCAGCCAUUGCUGCUUUUCCCCAACGUGCCAAAAUCCAGCCCCAUAAAUUGGAAGAGAAGUUCUCACAGAUGAUUGAUGAACGUACUGGAAAACCUUACAAAUACUUUGAAUUUAACAAAGGAUUAUGA